ACGUGGUGGUGACUGUAAUUCUCUCUCUAUUGCUUCCAGGUACUUAACAACACCAAAAAAUGAAAGCUUUCCCGUCAUGUCUCUCAAUGCAGUAGUUCUUUCCAGCUUCAGCAGAGCAGAAAUCUUCAAGCAUCCCUGCUCUGAGAAGUUAAACCAGGAAAGCCUAAAGGUGGCGUUCACUGACGCAGCGUGUUCUUCAAAUCCCUCAGUGAGGAUAAGCUGCCUUGCUCCGACACCUCAAAUCUCUGUUCUCUCAGAUGAAUCUUCAAGGCCAGCAGUGAUCGGACAUGCUGGAAGUUUUGGAUCAUACCCAGGCAGCGCUGAAGCUAUCAAAGACAUUCUCAUGUCUGUUUUAAAUGCAUCUGGUUUAAAGCCCUCUUUGGUGUUGGAGCAGAGCACAAUGCAGGGAGCUGAGCAUCUGGACAGUGAUGUGGAACAAUGGGAAGAAAGCAGUGCUGGGGACAGCCAUGAUGACAGCGACAGUGAUUCUGCACAUCACAACACUGCCUGUACACAAACAGACAUUCGGUUUACAAGGCCCCGGGCAUGUUGGAACAACACAGACUCUGAUUCCCCCAAACCUGCGCUGGAUACUUUCCCUUGUCCCCGUUAUACUGGUGGAGAUCCUGCUGCUUCCUCCUUGAAGGGUUUCACUCUUUCAAGCAUCUCCCCUCUGAAGCAUGACUGCUUUACCCAGGUGACAUUAACAGGAGGCACUGUCACAUCUGCUAUUGUGCAUUCUGGAAAAGAAUCUUAUACCUCCCCUGAAAGAGACUUGGCUUUCACAAGGCUGCUUUCAGAUUCAGCUGUUGGCAAAGCAGAUCUAGUGAAAUACCCCUGUGCCGUGGAGCCUGUGCCUCUCAGUGACAGUGAUUCUCCUGGUGACCUUUCCCAGUCAGAGCUGGUCAAUACAACAGGUAACUCUACAGCUUCUACUUCUGCUUUCAAUAUAAGCACUAUACCCUUGAAUCGUUCAUUGCAGGACAUCUGCAUGCUUCCAGAAGAUGUGGAAAAGGAAAAUGCACACUUUUUUGUCGCGGAUAUGAUUAUAGCAUCACUAGAAAAAAUGAAAUGUAAUAUCCUAAGCCAGCAACAAGCAGAGUCCUGGGGUCUAGAGGAAACAAGUGGAUCAGAUGGAAGCUAUCACACUGACUCGGAGUUAUCUUCUUACCCUGGAGUGAAGAAGUCUGAUUCUUCUGUUACCUCUUCAGACAGUGGUUAUGAAGGCUGUGCUUUGCUUCCUGUCAGCUCCCCAGUGCAUCUACCAUCACAUCAUGAGGUUACCAGAUUUCAUUGCCACAGUGACUCAGAGGAGGAAUAUGUAAUUAUUGAACUUGAAGACCUUGAAAAUCUGUCUGUCGGCCCUGACAAAAGAUCAUCUUUUGAACCAGGCAGCAAUUCUGCAGAAGCAACAGCCCAGGAGUUGUGCAGAGCUUUCAGAAAAUACUGGUUGCAGACAGACUCUGCAGUUCAGCUGUCUGGUUGCCUGAGCUCAUCUAGGCAGAGAUCUGUGCUGAAAGAAGAGAUUCCAAGAGAACUUGAGUCCAGUGUGAAUCUGGCUGAAGAAAUAAAAAUCAUAUCCAAGUUGAGAGGAUCUUCUGGCUGGUCCCCACCAAGAUCACAGAUUAUAUUUAAUAUUCAUCCUUCAGUCAAGAGAGAUGCAGUGGUGGCUGCUCAAAACUUCACAUGUGUUGGUUGUGGAACACCGAUAGAAAGCAAAUAUAUCAGGAGACUUCGCUAUUGUGACUACCUGGGGAAGUACUUCUGUGACUGCUGCCACAGCUAUGCCCAGUCUUCUAUUCCUGCCCGAAUACUUUCAAAGUGGGAUUUCAAGAAAUACUAUGUGUGCAAUUUCUCCAAACACCUACUGGACAGCAUAUGGCAGCACCCCAUUUUCAAUGUGUCUUGUAUUAACAAAACCCUUUACACAAAAAGUAAAGAAAUGGACAGGGUCAGGGAGGUGCAAGAGCAGCUUUUUCAUUUAAAAAAGCUUUUGAAAACGUGCAGGUUUGCUGAAAGUGUACUGAAAGAAUUUGAACAGGUCCCCAGCCAUCUGACAGAGGAGCUGCAUCUCUUUUCACUGGAUGAUCUGGUGAAGAUCAAACGAGGGCAGUUACUGCCCCUUCUUAAAGAUAUUCUGAAGAGCUCCACCUCUCAUGUAGAUGGCUGUGAGCUCUGUCAAGCGAAGGGGUUUAUCUGUGAAUUCUGUCAGAGCGCAGAUCUACUCUUUCCAUAUCAGACUGCCAAAUGUAAAAGGUGCCCAGAGUGCAGAACAUGCUUUCACAAAACAUGCUUCAAGUCUGGAGGCUGCCCCAAAUGUCUACGGAUCUCAGCUCGGAGGACUCUUUCAGAAGCUCCAUCACUGGUGCCUCAGUGAAACUGGGUUCCUCUGACUGCUGAUUUCAGAAGAUGCUCAGAGCCAAAUCUUCAGGUGCAUGACUAAGUGUUAAAUAAUGUUGUUUUAGACAUUACUGUUUUGAAUGCAUGUCUCCUUUAUGGGGGGUAAAAUAAAAAAAAAAAUAUAAAAACUAAAAACAAACCUCAACUUUAUUAUC